UGAUCCACUUGGCCUUGAAUUAAACCCCUAUAAAUUUUCAGCCUUCUAGCUCAUUCAUCAUCUUGUAGCUUUGUAUCCUCAUAUAUAUGUAUAUAUAUAUAUAGUUCACCUUUCAGGACCUAUGAUAUUAAUCCUCAAGUGUUUGUUUGCCACAGCCUCAACACUACAUUCUGAUCUGAUCCCAGUUUUGAUCCAGCUUGUUGUAAUUGAUCAUAAUCAUAAUCACCAUAAACUUCUCUAAGAAAGGUGCAUCAUGGGAUUUUCCUCCGUGCUCAUGUGCAAACAAACAGUACAACCAUUAUUAGAGUUUCCAUCUGGAGGGCUGAAAAUGGAUGUCUUCAAUCCUCACCGGAUCAGACAUAAAGAAAAGGUAGUCAUUGUAAUGGGAGCAACCGGAACCGGGAAGUCAAGACUCUCCAUUGAUCUCGCCACCCGAUUUCCGGCAGAAAUCAUAAACUCCGAUAAAAUGCAAGUGUACGAGGGACUUCACAUAGUCACCAACAAAGUAACCGAGGAAGAGCAACGUGGGGUGCCGCACCAUUUGCUAGGGAUACUGAAUCCCAGUGCAGAUUUCACUGUAACAAACUUCUGUGACAAGGCCUCUAUCGCCAUCGAGUCGAUCUUGGGACGAGGCCGGCUUCCGAUCAUCGUUGGAGGCUCGAAUUCUUAUAUGGAGGCCUUAGUUGAAAACGAUGAUUACAUGCUCCGAUCGAAGUAUGACUGCUGCUUUCUUUGGGUGGAUGUGUCAAUGCCUGUGCUGCACUCAUUUGUUUCCAAAAGAGUUGAUCAAAUGGUUGAGAAUGGGAUGGUGGAUGAGCUGAGAAACAUGUUUGAUCCCAAUGCCGAUAAUUCAAGGGGGAUCAGAAGAGCAAUUGGGGUUCCAGAAUUCGAUCAGUAUUUCAGAAAUGAACCAUUUUUAGACAGAAAACAACGUGGGAUUUUACUCCAAGAAGCAAUCAAUCAAAUGAAGGAGAACACAUGCAAAUUAGCAUGCCGACAACUGGGGAAAAUCCAUCGUCUGAGAAACAUAAAGGGGUGGAAUAUGCAUAGGAUUGAUGCCACGGAAGUGUUCCAAAAGAAAGGAAGAUCAUCAGAAGCAGAUGAGGCAAUAUGGGAACAGGUGGUGGCUGGACCAAGCACAGUUAUUGUUGGCCAGUUUCUUUACAAUGUUGCCGCUUCCAUGGUCCCUACAACUCAUGUUGCGGGGAUUAAAGUCAGGAAUAAUGUAGGAACUGCUGUUGCAAGCGCAACUUACUAGAU